AUGACGGGCCCAUCCCUCAGCCUCACUCAUCUGCUCACCAUCUCAGGACUGCUCUGUUACUCAGCUUGCUGCUGGGCCCUUCCCGGCCUGGAUCAGAAGAAGCGUGGCAGCCACAAAGCAUGCUGCCUGCUGACGCCCCCUCCGCCCCCACUGUUCCCACCACCAUUCUUCAGAGGGGGCCGAAGUCCGCUUCUCUCCCCAGACAUGAAGAAUCUCAUCCUGGAACUCGAGACCACGCAGUCCCCAUGUGUGCAAGGAUCGCUUGGCUCCCCUGGGCCUCCUGGCCCCCAGGGUCCACCAGGGCUUCCUGGCAAGACAGGACCAAAGGGAGAAAAGGGGGAGCUGGGCCGACCAGGAAGGAAGGGUAGACCUGGCCCCCCGGGUGUUCCUGGCAUGCCUGGACCCGUCGGCUGGCCUGGCCCUGAAGGACCCAGGGGUGAAAAAGGUGACCUGGGUAUGAUGGGCUUGCCAGGGUCAAGAGGACCAAUGGGCUCCAAGGGCUACCCUGGAUCCAGAGGGGAAAAGGGAUCCAGAGGUGAAAGGGGUGACUUGGGUCCCAAAGGAGAAAAGGGUUUCCCAGGAUUCCCUGGAAUGUUGGGGCAAAAAGGUGAAAUGGGUCCAAAGGGUGAGCCUGGGAUAGCAGGACACCGGGGACCCACAGGAAGACCAGGAAAACGAGGCAAGCAGGGGCAGAAAGGAGAUAGUGGAGUUAUGGGCCCACCAGGCAAGCCUGGGCCUUCUGGUCAACCUGGCCGUCCAGGUCCCCCAGGACCCCCGGGUCCCCCAUCAGCAGGACAACUUGUCAUGGGACCCAAAGGGGAAAGAGGAUUUCCCGGGCCUCCUGGAAGAUGUCUUUGUGGAACCUCAGUGAAUGUGAAUAACCCUUCCUACGGGGAAUCCGUGUACGGGCCCAGCUCCCCGCGAGUUCCUGUGAUUUUUGUGGUGGACAACCAGGAGGAGCUUGAGAGGCUGAACACCCAAAAUGCCAUUGCCUUCCGCAGAGACCAGAGAUCUCUCUACUUCAAGGACAGCCUUGGCUGGCUCCCAAUCCAGCUGACCCCUUUCUACCCUGUGGACUACACUGCAGACCACCGUGGCUCCUGCGGGGACGGGAUCCUGCAGCCCGGUGAGGAGUGCGACGAUGGGAACAACGAUGUGGGCGACGACUGCAUCAGCUGUCACCGGGCUUACUGUGGAGACGGUCACCGGCACGAGGGCGUGGAGGACUGUGACGGCUCCGACUUUGGCUACCUGACGUGCGAGACCUAUCUCCCUGGGUCGUACGGAGACCUGCAGUGCACUCCGUACUGCUACAUCGACUCCACGCCCUGCCGCUACUUCACCUGAGGGGCACGAGGAGAGGUGGGCUGCAUCCCACAGAACUGGCAGCAGCUUCUCCACCCUCAUCAAGCUGACCUUGCACCAUCCUGGUCCAGUUUCCACCACCCUCGUGCGACAAAAACAAGGACAAACUCUUGCUGCUAAGAUGCGCUUUUAACUCAGUCCGACUGGAAGAACUUAGGACCACCGCAUCCUGUCUUAAUCCAAAGUACCGGAAAACCUUCCACAUGCCCGACCUGGGAACCAUUCCCCAUAGCUACCAUUUGGCCAAUAGCCAACCUACAGCACCCUUUCUCUUCCGGAGUGUUGCCGAUGCAGGCCGUGGACUUGGCUUAGCACUGUUAGACACACACAGACCUGUGGGGCUGUUUGAGUUUGUUCUCAUCCCGUUUGGAGCAUCUGGGGUACAGGCCUCUCUGCUCCUCUGACCUCUGGAAAUGCGGGCAUUCUCACCCAAGGCAGCCGGCACUCUGGUCUGUCCAGGCCUGUGAACCACAAAGCAGGGAAGUGGGCCCGUUCUCUUGGGGUGGCUCCCAGCUUUGGACUCGCUGAGGGAACCCUCCACUGGCCACAGCCCGGCACAGCCUCAUGUGGAUGCAGCUCCCCCAGGAAGAGACCCAACUGUGAAAAACUACUGAGAAAGCCACCACACCCGUGCUCUGCCUGGGGUAGAGGGUAGGCUCAGCUGGGUGCUUGCCACGUGGACAACAGCAGAGCAGUGGCCUUCUGCUUCUCGACAUUUUCCAAAGGAGUGGCCCUUGUGGUUUCACCAUCCCUGGCACCAUCUUGACCUCAUGGCUCUCUGCACUUUGACCUCUGUCUUGCGAAUGCCCCUCAUAUCCAUUUCUUGUUCAGGAGAUUCGCUAGCAGAGGGUGACCUCCUGAGUCUGUGCCUGGGCAAGCUGUUGGUAUUUCCUCAGUCCUUAGGAAAACACUGCCUGGGUUUCCCCAGCUGGGGCCCCGUUACUGAGUACAUGCUCUGGGCAGAGAUGGUUUCUGUCCUAAGCUCCAGCUCUUGGCUGCCUGCUGAUUCCUGUGAGCACCCUGUGACCCCCUUCUGUGUCUCCAUAGUGCAUAGCCUUGUCCUCAUGUCUGUGUGCCAAACCCCCACAUUUCUACAGGGUCGUGAGUCCUGCAUGUCUGUGGGCUGCCUUUCAUCACCUUCUUUCCUGAG